AUGGAUACCUCUCUUCCACAAUUGCCUUCUCUCUCCGAGAUUGAGUCUCGGAUGCAAGUAAUGCGUCUGUCUGCUCUUGAAGAUAACCAAACCGGUGAAACUUUCUCUCAGCGCGCUGAAUGGUUUUACCAGAGACGUCCUCUUCUUCUCUCACUCUGUCAAGAUCUAUUUGACGGUUACGCCACUCUCUUGAACCGUUACAACCAGUCUAAACCACAAAACCCUAAAUCUGUUUCUCAUGAAAAUGACUCCAAUGUUGAUACAGACAUCAGUUCUGAAGUUGAGAGCCUCUUGUCCUUUGAACAGACGCAAAUCACGGCUUGUGAUAAGCAAAAAGUUGAUGAGUUAGUCUCGCAGCUCGUGACCGCAAACUUGGAAAGAGAUAUGGCGCAGGACGAGCUGCUUCGCGGUGAACAAAAGUUGAGAGAGGCUUCCAAGAAGAUUGAGUUGCUCAAGAAGCUAGUGAUGUUGUUUGACAUGGAGAAAGAAGUAGCUGUGGAGGAAACUGUGAAUCUCGGAUACAAACUCACUUCUCUCUUGGAAAAGAACAGAGAGCUAGCAACCGAAGCGCUGUUCAUGAAAAAGGAAGCAGUGAGGCUCGCUAGGUGCGUGCUAAAGAUGAGGGAUGAACAUUUUCGCCAGGUGUGUGUUCUGCAGAGCGAAAUGUAUGCGCUGCAGUCAUCGAGAGAAUCUGUGUAUGAAAAUGUAUCCUCACCGAGCUGCUUUGGGUUGGAUAAAAGCAAGAGCAAGAAGAGAAAGAUGAGUGAAACAAGAAGUGAACCAGGAGAGAAAAAGAGGAGAUCCAAGUGGUUAAAGAGACUUAACCCGUUUGUCAAAUGCAGCAGCGUUAGCCCAUCGCCUGCUCUGUUCCAUCAAUAA